AUGGAUAGCAUACGACAUCAUGGUACCAUUAAUAUUCUGCUAAAAUAUUGUGGAUGGGCAGCGAGCGGCAUUGCCUGCGAUAUCAACUGUGUCAUCUCGCAGGUCAUUAUCAAAUUAUCGUCGCAUGGACACCGAACAUCAUGUAAAGAAGGGAUGAUCUUUGUAUCGCAUGAUCCUAUCGAUGUUGAAACCACUCAAAUCUUUGAUCGAUUUACAAAGGAAGACUGGGAAUCGUAUAUUGAUUGCUAUUUUGAUGCAGGGGAUCCGGAUGAUGCGGAUGAUCCCAUUGCGUGGUUUCGUAUACCGAGCCGUGAACGGGAGGCGGUCAUUCACCUAAAUCAUCGUGCGGGCAAGUACGUUCUGAUCAAGUUGCUCCAAACCGACGCUGUCUAUGAAAAGAUAGACCUUCAAUAUAUCGGAUUUAUUGGUUAUUCUGGAGCGCGCGCUUUUGCCAGUGCGCGUUUAUGCUAG